UGAUGAAAUUCUUCAGGAAGUAGUGAAGAUGGGAUUUGACAGGAACCAACUGGUUGAGUCUCUUCGCAACAGGAAAACAAAUGAUGGUACUGUUGCAUAUUAUCUGUUGUUGGACAACCGGUUCCGGGUUUCUAGUGGCUAUCUUGGAGCUGAGUUUCAGGAGUCGAUGGUUUGUUUAUUGGCUAGAAUUAGAUGCUUUAAUAGAUUUGGCCUUUUUAUAAUGAACAAAGCUGAAAGGAGAAUUGUGUGUGGUUAUCAAAUUCUGUACAUCUCAAUGUGCAUAACAUGCCAUUGUGGCAUUCAUGAAUGGAUUUCACGUUACAGACCUGGAUCAGAAAUUUGACUGACUGGAUUAGUU